AUGGAAUUCAGACCUCUACUAGCCCCAGUGACAGUGGCUGUGUUUCAUGAUGAGGUGGAGAUCAAGGACUUGCAAUAUGACAAAGUCUUGGAGACUUUCUACCCCUGCCCAUGUGGGUAUAACUUGUGCAUUACCAAAGAAGAUUUGGAGCUGAUUUAUGACAAGGAUCAGUUUAUGUGUGGAUAAACAGUCCCAGCCCCUUCCACUCACAAAGAAUUAGUUAAAUACUGGAGAUUUUAG